GGGCCAUGUUCUUCUGACCGACUCGUGUCAGUUUGCGCGAUGCCUCGUCAAGCUAGCGCCUCGCACGGCCCCGCCCACACAGUGCGAAAUACCUGUCGUAUCAUCUUUUCGCAACCUCCAGCACGACAGCGUCGACAAUCUACUAACCAACAGUCAAGAUGGGUGCCCUCAAGUAUGUCGAAGAACUUCAGAAGAAGAAGCAGUCGGACAUGAUGCGCUUCUUGAUGCGCGUUCGCUGCUGGGAGCUUCGCCAACUUAAGGUCAUCCACCGCGCAAGCCGCCCCUCGCGUCCCGACAAGGCUCGCCGUCUCGGAUACAAGGCCAAGCAGGGUUACGUUAUCUACCGCAUCCGCGUCCGCCGUGGAGGUCGCAAGAGGCAGGCUCCCAAGGGCGCCACCUACGGAAAGCCUACCAACCAGGGUAUCAACCAGCUCAAGUACCAGCGCUCUCUCAAGUCCACCGCUGAGGAGCGUAUCGGCCGCCGCUGCGCCAACUUGCGCGUCCUCAACUCCUACUGGAUCAACCAGGACUCGACCUACAAGUACUACGAAGUCAUCUGCGUCGACCCCCAGCACAAGGCUAUCCGCCGCGAUCCUCGCAUCAACUGGAUCACAAAGCCCGUCCACAAGCACCGCGAGGCUCGUGGUCUCACCGCCACCGGCAAGAAGAGCCGUGGUCUCGGUCGUGGACACAAGUUCAACAACACCACCGCCGGCCGAAGGAAGACCUGGAAGAGGCACAACACCCUCUCCCUCUGGCGCUACCGUUAAAUGCAUUGAGCAUAUGGUGUGCUUGGUGCAACGUCUGGUCGAUUGUUUUCAGCGUAUGGGCUGGCGUGAAUGGAAUAGGGUGUCCUGGGCUACGUAGCUUCCUAGCAGCAAAAAAGCUGUCAGGACUUUCAAAAUCAAUACCGGAUUCAUGAUCUUUACGAAGACAAUACUUCAGUUUUUAUCUAUUGCGAGGUGAAAUGUCAGGGAUCAAAUGUGAAGACGCUGCUGCGGUUGAGGAAGGUGUCGUAUUGAUCAUGUUCAGAAGGAGCGAGUGUGCCUUGCUGUAGCCAAGAACGAAUACAGGACUUUCACAUGGGUAGCUGACCGGUACCGGUAUUGGUAAGACAGCUGCACCAUCGACGUCAGACGUACGGCAAAACCAAGAUUAAUGCGCUGUACU